GCACUAAGGACACAUACACACACUGACACAGACAGCACGCGCAGCAUCACUUCACACACUCAAGACUGUACGAUCAUCCAUAUCAUCUGACGGACGGUCCUGAACACCUGUACCAGCGAUACAGUCAGCAAAUACAAAUGAAGUCUACAGAAGUGGAUCCAGGGUUAUUCACUGACAGCUACUGCAAAGUGUGCAGCGCUCAGCUUAUCUCUGAGUCACAGAGAGUCGCCCACUAUGAGAGCCGAAAGCAUGCAAACAAAGUUCGUCUGUAUUACAUGUUACACCCAGUGGAUGGUGGAUGUCCUGCAAAGAAGCUUCGAACGGACAAUGGCAGUGCGGAUGGAGACGUGGACAAGAACAAGUGCUGCACGCUCUGCAAUAUGUCUUUCACUUCAGCGGUGGUGGCCCAGUCACAUUACCAGGGCAAGAUCCAUGCCAAGAGACUCAGGCUCCUGCUGGGGGAACCGGCUGCCAUCAUGUCUAAAGAAGUGACAGUCGAACCAGAUCACAUGAUGGAUGAAGAUUGGAAGGAUGGAAGUCCUUCUACAAAUGGCAAACUCUCUCAGCGCUACUGCCAGAUGUGUAAAGCCUGGUUCAACAACCCCGGCAUGGCCAGGCAGCACUACAAUGGCAAGAAGCACAAAAAAAAUGGAGCUCAAGCAAACCUCCUCGCACAGCUGGGUAAAACUCUGGAGGACGGAGAAGAGAUGAACGGCCUGAAGCGGAGUCACACAUGUGAGGUCUGCAGUGUUACGCUCAACUCUGUGGCCCAAUACCACGCACAUCUGCAGGGAUCCAAACACCAGAACAACUUGAAGAACAAAUGAAGUCUGAUGGGUCUGGUUUAUUUCAUCUCCAGUCCUGUGAGUUUUUGAGGAUUGGUCUAUGAAUGUCCCAGCAUCUUCUGCCUCUCUGAGACGUGACAGUGAUAUCGGGUCACAUUCUCUUGAUCCACUGUUUUUAUGAUAUGGACACUAUCAGUGCAUUAUGGAUCAUGAACACAGUGCAUUUUGGCAAACUUUGUACAUUCUGAACAUUUCAAUGUAUAUAUUUAAGGCAUGUAGAAUUGGCACAAUUUCGGCUUUUAAUGUGGUGUGAUUAAACAUUGUUUGUAUUUUAAAGUAAAUGUGUAAAAUUAUAGUUCAAAUGACAUAGGUCUCAGUCCACUGGAGAUGUAUUCAGUGUGUGGGUUUUAUUUUGUACACACAGUCUGAGGGAAUUCUCUAAUGCUAUUAAAAUGAGACUUUGUCAAGAA